AUGCGGGGGCCGCGCUCCGGGUUCUGCCCGCUCUCCAUCUUCAUCCUCCUCCUCUCCCCGCUCCUGCCCGCGGCCGCCCUGUCCCCGGCCCCCCCGUGCGCCCUCCCGGGGCUGCGCCGCGGGCCGCUCCCCGCCGCAGGUAACUCGCACCGUCGGGGCGCGGGCACCGGGACCCCCGGAACACCGCGGGGACCGGCUGGGGCCGCCAUCGGCACCGGGAUCGGGGCUCCGAACACCGGGGGGCGGCAGGGCCUCCCUCACAGCCGGGAUCAGGAUCGCUUUGCCUCCGGCGGUGGGGCCGCUGCUUUUCGGGAGGACCUCGGGUGCUGUGGGGCUGGCGGGGGUCCCCAGGUGGGGGGCUGCGCCAUGGGGCUGGCUGUGCUUCCCCGGCUGUGGGGCUCGGCCAUGGGGCUGGCUGUGCCCCUGUGCUCUAGGGCUGUGCUUUCCCGGCUGUGGGGCUCGGCUGUGCUUGCCCCGGCUGUGGGGCUCGGCCGUGGGGCUGGCUGUGCCCCGCGGGGCUGGCGGUGCCUGUCUGCUCUCCCUGGGCUGGAGGCGGCUGAUGCCAGCGCCCUUGGCCCAGCCGUGGGCACCCGCUGCGAGCAGGGCUGGGUCCCCGCAGGGUGGGCGGCCGGCGCCGGGCUGGCAAUGGGGCUGGGAGCUCCAGGGCCCCCCUUCUCCGGCCGCGGGGUGCGGGCUGUGGCCGGCCCGAGGCCGGGCAGGGUCUCGCUGCUGCCAGCGCUUGACUCGGUGCCAGGGCUGGGCCCGGGCCCGGUGCCCUCCUCGCUCGGCGGCUCCCGGGGGAUUGGAGCUGCCCGGGAACGCGGCCGGAGCCAGCGCUCGUCUAAUGGCCGCGGGAGCGCUAAAAGCUCUCCUUGGCGCCUGGCGGUGGGCGCUGCCAGGCCCCUGCUGUGGGCACGGGCGGGGGUCUGCCCACGCCACUGCGAUCCCCCCUCGGUGGGCAGCUCACGGCCCCGGCAGCGACCGUGCGGCUCCGCCUCGGCGCCCAGCGGGCUCGGUGCCCUGAGGGACCCCCGAGGACAGGCUGGGGCACCCCCUGUGCCGCCCGGCCCUUCGGAGGGCACAGCAACCCGGCCACAGCUGGAGAGCGGGGCUGGGGGCUCCCCUGACGGGGGCUGGGGGCUUCCCCGGGCUCCCCGUGUCCCGUUUGCCGGCGACCGAUGCCCCUCCGGCCCCAUUAAAGUCCCUUAUCGCGGCCAUCGCGACCGGGAGGGGCCCCGGUGCUGCCCUCGGGGCACGGUUGCUGCUCCCCGCACGGCCCCACCGGCGCCCCCGGGCUCGGUCCCUCCGGUGUGGAGCAGCCGUGGGGCGCCGCUCCCCCGUUCUGCCCCAUCCCACGCCUCCCGCAGCCCCCCCGGCCCCGCCCGGAGCUGGCUCAGCCCCGCUAAUCCCCUAAUCCGUGCCCGGGGGAUGCGGAGCCGGGGCCGCGUCCGGCACGAGGGACGCAGCGUGGGAGGCGGGGAGGGACAUUCAGUGGCCACGGGGGGGCGCUCCGGAGGCUGCGCGGGGCCGAACGGCACGGAGGAGCCCGAUGUCGGGGAGCGAGAGGACGGGGGCCCCGUGCGGCUGCCGGGGGUGGGCAGGGCGCUCGCCGUGCCCCCCCGGGAUGCCGCUGGCCAGCCAGAGCCUGCCCCGGUUCCCGCAGAGAGCGGGCGCUCCCCCCAGGAGCUGCCCGGGGCUCCAGCUGCUCUCAGGAGGCAGAAGAGGGACUGGGUGAUCCCCCCCAUCAAGGUUCCUGAGAAUGAGAGGGGCCCCUUCCCCAAAAAGCUGGUUCAGAUCAAAUCCAACCGGGACAGAGACACCAAGAUCUUCUACAGCAUCACAGGGCAGGGAGCAGAUGCUCCCCCUGAGGGCAUCUUCACCAUUGAGAAGGAGUCGGGCUGGAUGAAGGUGACGCAGCCGCUGGACCGCGAGCGCAUCGACAAGUACCACCUCUUCUCCCACGCCGUGUCCGAGAACGGGAAGCCAGUGGAGGAGCCGAUGGAGAUCAUCGUGACGGUGACAGACCAGAAUGACAACAAGCCCCAGUUCACACAGGAGGUGUUCAGGGGCUCUGUGCCAGAGGGAGCUCUGCCAGGCACCUCCAUCAUGCAGGUGACAGCCACGGAUGCGGACGACGCAGUGGAGACCUACAAUGGUGUCAUCGCCUACUCCAUCCUCAGCCAGGAGCCGCGGGAGCCCCAUCCCCAAAUGUUCACUGUCAACCGGGCCACGGGCACCCUCAGCGUCAUUGCCAGCGGCCUGGACCGGGAGCGCGUGCGGGAGUACACGCUGACCGUGCAGGCGGCCGACCUGGAUGGGGAGGGACUGACCACCACAGCGCUGGCCGUCAUCGAGAUCGCCGAUGUCAAUGACAACGCCCCCGAGUUCGACCCCAGAAUGUACGAGGCGGCCGUGCCGGAGAACGCGGCCGGGCGGGAGGUGGCCAGGCUGGCUGUCACCGACCUGGACGAGCCCGGCACGCCGGCCUGGCGAGCCGUCUACUCCAUCCUGCGCGGCAACGACGGCGGAGCCUUUGCCAUCGGCACCGACCCCGCCACCAACGAGGGCGUCCUGCGCACCGCCCAGGGUCUGGACUAUGAGGCCAAGCAGCAGUUCGUGCUCCACGUGGCAGUGGCCAACGAGGUCCCCUUCGUCGUGAAGCUGCCCAUGGCCACUGCCACGGUGACAGUCACUGUGGAGGAUGUCAAUGAGGCCCCGGUGUUCGUGCCGCCGGUGCGGCUGGCCACGGUGUCAGAGGAUGUGCCCCCAGGGCAGACCCUCACAGCCUGCACGGCCCAGGACCCCGACAAGGCGCAGGGCCAGAGGAUCAAGUACCUGGUGGGGCACGACCCGGCGGGCUGGCUGGCCGUGCACCCCGAGAACGGCCUGGUGACUGCGCGGGACCAGCUGGACCGCGAGUCCCCCUUCGUCAAGAACAGCACCUACAUGGCCGUGCUGCUGGCCGUGGAUGAUGGCUCACCGCCGGCCACGGGCACGGGCACGCUGCUCCUCACCCUGCUGGAUGUGAACGACAACAGCCCCGAGGCCGAGCCACAGGACAUCACCGUGUGCCAGCGCAGCCCCCAGCCCCAGCUCCUCACCGUCACCGACCGGGACCUGCCCCCCAACACCGGCCCCUUCCGCGCCGAGCUCACCCACGGCUCGGGGGACAGCUGGGCUGUGGAGGUGGGGGACACAGGUGACACGGUGACGCUGCAGCUGGUGGCACCGCUGGAGCCCGACACCUACAGCGUGUACCUGCGGCUGCUGGACCAGCCGGGCAGAGCCCAAGUGACCAUUGUCACCGCACGGGUCUGCGCCUGCGAGGGGCAGGCUCAGGGCUGUCCCCAGAGGUCCCAGCCUGUCACCGCCCUGCCCUUCAUCCUCGCCGCCCUGGGCGCGCUGCUGGCCCUGCUGCUCAUCCUGCUGCUGCUGCUGCUCUUCGUGAGGAGGAGGAAGGUGACGAAGGAGCCGCUGCUGCUGCCCGAAGAUGACACAAGGGACAACAUCUUCUACUACGGGGAGGAGGGUGGCGGCGAGGAGGACCAGAAUUACGACCUGCGGCAGCUGCACCGGGGGCUGGACGCGCGGCCCGAGGUGAUCCGCAAUGACGUGGCCCCCACCCUCCUGCCGGCCCCCCAGUACCGGCCCCGGCCCGCCAACCCCGACGACAUCGGCACCUUCAUCGACGAGAACCUGAAGGCGGCCGACACGGACCCCACGGCCCCCCCCUACGACUCGCUGCUGGUGUUCGACUACGAGGGCAGCGGCUCGGAGGCCACCUCGCUCAGCUCCCUCAACUCCUCCGCCUCCGACGGCGACCAGGACUACGACUACCUCAACGACUGGGGCGGCCGCUUCCGCAAGCUGGCCGAGCUCUACGGCGGCGGCGAGGAGGACGAGUAGGGACCCCCAGCCCGCUGCUGUCCCUGCCUUAUUGCUGCUUUUGUGCCUUGGGGGUUCCCCCUGCCGUGCCCCCCACCCCAGCACAGCCCCCUCACCUCCUCGCCUGCGUUUUUGUGGUUAUUAUCUAUUUUUUAAGGUAUGGAAUGAUGGCGUGUGAUGCUGCGGACAAGGGGAUGGGAGCUGGGUCAGUUUUAAUAAAGGAUUUGGUUUUUUUAGA